AUGCCGGGUGUAGGCUGGCCGCAGGGGCCCUGGGCCGUGGGGCGGCGCUGGACCCGCUACCUCCGCGGGUCCAGGUCGCCCGGCAACGCGGUGGACGCGGCGGCAGCCGCCGCGAUGGGCUCCAAGGGCGGCAAGAAGAAGGAGAUCGGGAGCCGCAGCAGCUCUGGGCUCCUGGGCCCCAAAGAGACAUCUACGUAUCAAGUAGGUAAUUCAAGAUUUCCUAUUUGGCCAGAAUGGAAUGAAGCUGACUUGAAUGCAGAAAAAUGGGAUGCUGGAAAAGUUGGAAAAGAGAAAGAAAAAUCUGGAAAAAGUCCUAUUUCACAUGUCUUUGAUGAUCCUGAAGGAAAAAUAGAAUUGCCAGCCUCAUUAAAAGUGCAUUCUUGGAAACGGCCACAAGAGUUUUUAAUAAAUAAGAUUCCUGUGGUGGUCAAAAAUGAAAACUCAUGUGAUCUUUUUUUAGGAAAUGAACAUUUAUUUUGUAGUGAGAUGAUGAGAUGGAUUAUAAGUGAAAUUUGUGCAGUCUGGAGGAUAUAUAAUGGAAAGGACUUAACUAAUGGAACAUCCACAGUAUUUUGGAAACCAUGGGAACAUAUUUAUGCCUUAUGUAAAGCUACUAAGGGACACAUGCCUCUAUACAAUAGCUAUGGCAAAUACAUAGUGAAACUUUAUUGGAUGGGGUGCUGGAGAAAGAUCACCAUCGAUGAUACUAUGCCUUUCGAUGAAGAAGAUAAUUUGUUACUACCAGCUACAACCUCUCAAAUUGAACUUUGGCCAAUGCUGCUGUCCAAAGCUAUCAUUAAGCUGGCAAAUACUAGUACACAAGAAAAUGGAAAAAGAGAGCUGGAGGAAUUUACAGUUCUACAUGCACUGACUGGAUGGAUACCAGAAGUUAUUCCUCUCCAGCCUGGAUACUUGAACAAAGUCUGGGACUUUUUGAAAGAGAUUUUGCCAGAAUUCAAGUUGACAAAUAAGGAAACUUCAGAACUUGAUAAUCCUCGGACAGAUACAAAAUGUAAAGAGACCAAAGUGUCAGAUUUAAAAAAUGAAGUUUCAUCUGUGAAUAAACAGCCAGAUAAACCUGAGAAAGCAGAGAAAUUUGGCAAAGAAAAAGCAGAACAGAAAGAAACUGGGAAGAAGAAAAACAAAGACGGAGAAAAAGAAAAAAACAAGUCAGCAAUUCAGUCUUCACAAAUACAGGCAGAAGUCCAGGGUUCUCCUCAAGCCUUAGCUGAGAGUUCUUCUGUACGAACCCAGCCAGAUAUGGCAGUAUAUGCUGACUUUAUUCCAUUACAGUUUGAAGCGGAUGUGUUUUUGUUAGAUCAAAUGGCUGGUUCUUCAGAGAAUCUGAGGCAAUAUGGGCUUUCACAAAUAUAUAGCCAUCCUGUCCUGGUUACUAGAACGAGGUCCUGCCCUCUGGUAGCACCACCACAGUCACCACCAGUUCCUCGCUGGAAACGUUUCCGUCAGAAAAAGAAAAAUGUUGUGAUAUCUGACUCUACAGAGCCUGUGAUAAAGAAACCUGAACAAUAUAUCGAGAUUGCUAGCCUAUUUUUGAACUACAAAUUGAACCCUAUCACAAUACCAAAAGACGUCUGCUUCCCACAGUCUACCAUCAAAAAAGGAUUUAAUUUACUGACCCAGCUCUAUACUGUCACUGAAAAUGCUGGUAAUGUAAAUGACAGUAAUGUGGAUAUGAAUCAAAGUGAGAGACACUCAAAUGCAGAAGAUUAUUCUCAGGAUCAGCAUAAUGCAGAGACCCCCACUGAAAAAGAAUUGCAUGAAAAUAUUAGCUCUGAUGCAAAACAAAUGUCAGAAACAGCUGAUACUGAUAUGAACAGCCAGACAGAAGAUAAAUCAAAGGAAGAAAUCAAGUCAGAAAUUACUUCUGUUUCCAAGGAAACCUGGAUUAGCUUUGAAGACUUCUGUGUUUGUUUCCAGAACCUGUAUGUUUUCCAUAAGCCACACACAUAUACUUACAAUUACCAGAAGACAGAGUUUAAGUGUAAUGAUGAUCGAGUCCUCUAUUAUUUACUUGUGGACAGUCUGAAUCCCAUUGAAAUACUGGUUAGUUUCUCUGCAUUAGUACGCUGGGACAUUGGAGCUACUAAACAAGAGGCUCCUAGUACUUCAAAGGCAACACUGAUGGUUGAACAUUUCUCUUGGAAAUGUGCAGCUCCUGGGGAGCUUGUGCUGAAGAUGCGUACAUAUGCAACCAAAGCUACUGUGUUAAAUCUUCCUGUUGGGCGACACAUACUGCUAUUCACAGUAAGUUCUCCCAUAGGGUACCAUAUUCAUCUCUGUAGCAUGGUGCCAUGUGUUUUUGGAGAAGAGGAUGCUGUGAUUCCAAGUCUAGAAAAGGAGAGCUUCAGAUUUAUGGAACAAGCUACAGCUAUUCUGAAAGCUAUAGGUAAUGUGAUAAAUAAUUUCAGCAAUAAGCCUGAACUUUCUGAAGCCUUGAAGGAGUUGAAGCUAGCUCACUGUCCUCCUGGCCCCCACGGUACUGGAAUGGCUGAAGAACACUUCAAGGUUUUCAAUAGUGCAUUUUGGUAUUUGAUUAAGUAUGUGUUGGGCAAGAAGGUUCCUUACAGAUAUAAAUUUGCCUUCAGAUCCUUCACUUUGGAUUUUAAAGACACUGAGAUUUUUGAGGAUGACAGUGUGUCUUCAGAGAGUUCUGAAGUUAAUUCCCCUGGUAUCUGGCAGAAAAGAAUUCCCACUUUUGAAGAAGAAGCAGCGGCUCUUAAACUCCAAGCCAUUUGGAGGGGGGCUUAUGUGAGGAAAGUACUGAAUAGCAGAAAACCAGGUACUAAAGAAAACACUAUUGUCAAAGAAACCUUGCAAAAAUUGUGGACUGCAAUUGAGUUAAAUUUUGAACAGUGUGCUGUAAUACUGUUAAGAGAGAUGUUUAAAAAAAAUUGUAAGUCAAUUGAAAAGUUUCCUUGCUAUGAAGAUGAGUGGUGUAAGGUCUCUUUUGCUGACUAUGCUGUAACAUAUGCUGAUCAGCCACCAAAUAUUUGGUUUGUGAUUUUUAGGGAAAUAUUUAUUGUCCCAGAAGAUAUGUUUAUAGUGCCAAAGAUGUAUACCACUAUCCCUUCCUGUAGACUUCAUGUAGUUGAUAAUGACACUCUGGAAGAAAUGCCACAUGUCUUUUUCAAAGUGACACCUCAGGUUUAUCCCAAAAAUAAGAAAGGAUAUACGUUUAUGGCUGAAGCACGUACUGGUGACCUGUCCAUGGCAGCUGGAAGAUGGAGGCUCCGGCUCAUCGGUUCUCAUAGUCCACUCCCGUUCCUCUCUCGUGAGGCUGUAAAUAACAUCUUUUCUACUAAAGAAAUUAAGGAAUAUUACAUACCCAAUGACAAGCAUAUAAUGUUCAGGUAUUCAGUAAAAGUCACAGCACCACAUAUUACCACAGUGCAAGUACAAACCUCUAAAUCAGAUGUGUUCUUUAAACUACAAGUCCUAGAUAAUGAGGAAGAAAUUGUGAGUGUCACUGGAAAGGGCCAUGCAGUCAUUCCUGCUUUUAAUUUCUUGAGUAAUGAAACACAUUUGAGUUCCAAUGGAAGUAAAACCCAGAUUAUUCAAAGCAUUACAAAGAAGGAUUCAGAAACUGGUGCAUUCAAAAAAAAAGGUCAUAUUUCAACUCCAAAGGAUACCAAAGCUUCUUUCAAGCUGGGACCUUUAAAAGAAGGUUUAUAUACAUUAGAAGAAGAAUCCCUCCUCUUGGAAAACUUUGAAAAUAAUCAUGGAAGCCCACAACAAUGUCACAAGUAUAUCAUACAGGCAUUAGUGUUAUAUAAUAGUUGGUCACUUACAGAGAGUCAGUUGCUGUUUGUUCAGACAGUGAAAGAAAUGGAGAAAAAUGAAAUCAAAGCACAUGGUGAAAAACAUGAGGAGCGCAGUUUUCUUCCAGCACUCAGUAAUCUUGAAGGACAAAGGUCUGCAAGUGUUCCUAAAUCAAACAGAAAAUCAAAAGAGAAAGCAACUGAGAAGACAGAAAAGGACAAGUCCAAUAAAGAUAGGGGAUCACUUGUGUCUCUAUUUCAACCUGAAUGUCAGCAAGAUGCUUUAAACAAACCGUACUGGACUUUACGUCUAGUUAGUGAGCAGAGAGAGGCAGAAGUUCUGGAGGUGAAGAAAGACACCCAGCGAGCAGAUGAGAUCAAAGCCAUGAAACAAGCAUGGGAGUCUGCAGAGCCAGGAAGAGCUGUCAAGGCUUUUCAGGAACGCAUGAAGUUUAUUAAUAAGCAUGCUGCAAGAAAUUCAGAGGAGUCUGUAGCUGAGACUGACGUUGCCAGUUUAACACCCAGAUCAGAAGAAAAAGGUUCUUUUUCUCUUACCUCAGAAAAGAGAAAAUCACAAGAAGCUAUUGACCCAAGUUUACCAAUACAGCAGAAAAAAUGGAAGCCUCCAGACCUUAGUCCUUACAUGAGAAAAACAAUGUCUGAAUCUGUGCUAAGAAAUGAGUCUAUCAUUCAACAGCGAGAGACACAUAAACUGGAAAAAAUCAACCAUUUUAGGGAACUUCGAGAGCUGGUUUUGGAGCAAAGAGAAAAAGAGCAAAAUGCUAGAGCUUUAUUGAAGCAAAAUGUACUUGAAAUGUAUGAGAAGCUACAGGCAUCCUUAGAUGAAACACGAGGCCAAGUUCACAGCAUUCGGGAAGAAUACAGAAGCAAGCUGCUAGAGGCUGAACGCAGAAAACGUGAAGAGCUGGCAGCUCAAGAAGCAAUCCUGCAAACAGAGCAAGAGAAGAAAAGCCCAGAUGCACAGAAAAAAAAGCAAGGAAAAGGAUUAGGAAAAAGAAAGUAGUUGAUAGUACUACUGAAUUGUACUUAACUCUUUGGGAAAUAAAAUCUAUAUGCAAAGAUGAAAGACUAGUUGCUAUUUUCCAGUGUUUGUGUCAAGUAUGUCACGUUUUAUCUCUCUGACUGCUGCUAUCAAAAAAUUGAUUUAGUAUUCUCUUUAUCAAAGUGUUUGGUAUUUCGCUUGUCAUAAAUGGUACUCAGAACUAUUAAAUUGUAUACUUUUUACUGGAAAUACAUUUUGCAAUAAAAAAAUCAUAUUGCAUU